UCCCACCCGUCCCACUCGGCCCCAGUAUUCCAUUAACGGAUACAGGGAGGAAGGCAUUUCCUGCCUAGUUGUCUCCGCCCCCAGUGCCAUGGAGACCAGCCUGGAAGCUUAGGGGAGUUGCUGUGGCCCAGGGCGCAGUGGGAAGAGAAGGCCAGGAGUCUUGGACUAGCUGCAGGGUUUGAGCUAGGCUGAUGCAGCAGAACCACAGAGGUGGCUGAGCAGGGGCCUGGCCCUGGGACCACCCAGCCAUCCACGCUCACACAUCCACUUCUCUCUCCAGAGCCCCGCUCUGGAGCAGGUCUCAGCUCCAGGUUUUUCCUUAGUUGGGGAAUCGGAAUUUGGGGGAUCAAAGCCCCUCACAUCGCUCUUCCCCACCGCAGCUAUGUUUAUCAAGGUGAUGUUUGGGGGUAAGUGGGGGCCCCUGUCUUGGCAGGCGGGUAAGGGGAUGAGCACACUCAGAGACGAGCUUCCUUCCACCCUUGGGGAGGGUGGAGAGGCAAUGGCGGGAAAGAGGGGUGCAGAUGGCAGGGAUCGGGGAAGCGACUCUGUGAGGAGGCAAAGCGAGCACCUGGAGCGAGUUCCUUGCAGAGAAAACCCGAGCUGAGUUUGCCUGCCCAUUCACGAGGGCUCCCGCCGCACCGUCCUGCAGCAGGUUUUUAAACCGCACAAUCUGUUUGCCAUUCAAUCCGUGAUCCUCAAACUUCAGCGUGCAUCGGACACCUGAAACUCUCGCCAGUUGCAGGUUCCCCGUCCCUCUGGUUGGAGGCGGGUCGGUCCAGUGCAGGAGCAGCGGAGGGAAAGAGGGGAACCUGAGGGUGCGGAGGGCGGGGCCGGGCCGGAUCCCGUGGGGGCGGGGCCCGCGGGGAGGCUGGGCUGGUGCGCACUUCAUGCUUUGCAGGCCCCAAGACACGCAACACUUGGGAGAUGGAUGGAGGGGUCUCUCCAAGGCAGUUUAAGCCACAGAUGUCGGAGCUGUUGUGCCUGGGGCAGUCCUAGCCCCAUAAGCCCAGUUGCAACUCUGGGAAAGGGAGAGAUGGGAGGGAGAGACAGAGGACCCCAGAUUUCCAGGAAAGUCUGGGAUCCCACACACUCACCUCUGCCCCUCCUCCACAGCUGGCAGCUCCGUGCUGGUGAACACCUCCUGUAGGCUGGUGAACCUCACCGCCCACCUGAGGCAGAAAGCAGGAUUGCUCCCAGAUGGACGGCAACCUCGUGAGCCUGGAGGAGGACCUGAAGGAAGCGGCUUCCGGCGCCCUCACCAUAGGCAGCUCACUGCUGAAGGAGCGAGCCACCUUUGUCCUUGUUCGGAUCAUCAGUAAGAGGGAGAGGGCAUGGCCCCCACCCGCUAUGAGUCCCUACUGGAGAACCUGGAUGACCACUACCCAGAGCUGGGAGGUGAGUGUCAGGGCACAGCGCAGGGGGAGGGCACAACUUCUCCCCAGCCCCUACCAGCAGGACUUCUCGGGCCUUCCAGAGGAACUGCGCAGGCUGUCAGGCCUCUCCUCUGUGGGCUAUGACUGGAGGAAGCGCAUGGGCACUCGGCACGGCCACCAUGAGCAAAGCCCUGCUUCAAGGUCCAGAAAGAUGCAAACAGACAGCAACCCAGCAGGACUCCUCUUUCAGAAUCUGGAAAUGCUGAGAAGUUGCAUCAGCAAGAGGGCAAGAAUCAGGUACACUUGGGAUUACCUGCUAAUGCCUCUCCACACCACUCUGGACUGUCCAAGGCAUCUGUCCUGUGCUACCUACGGUGCAGAUGGCAACAGGGCUCCUCCUCCCCAUCCCUGAUUAAGGUGACGGACUGCACACUGUAGUGAGAUAUCCAUCCUGACCCCACCUCAUCAGCCAAGGAGCUCUCCGAAGACCGGCCAUUGAGAGAGGCACACAGCAAGAUGUGGUCUAAAAUAAAUCCUUUUAAUUGCA